CAAAUUACUAAAUUAAACCUCAAGGAGUGGAUUCACUGGAGGAAGAUGAAGAAUGAACAAAUUGGUUGCCUUGGAAACGAGUUCUAAAGAAACCGUUAGAACCUUAGAACCGGUCUGAACAUUAGAUCAGCCCCAAUGUAAGAGAUCAUUAUCAUCAUCAUCAUCAUCAUCAUCAUCUUCAAUUCUCUUGCUCAUCAUCAUCAUCAUCAUCCUUGUUGACUCUUAUUCUAAAUUCACAUUAGAAUCAAAUUUUGUUUCAUCAUCACCCGAAUUUCAUCAUUACCCUGACCCUAAAUACUGAACAAUGUCCACUGAUUGAUGUUAAAUUGGUAAACUUUUCUCAACAAUAAUAAUGUCCUAUUUUCGUAUUAAUAUCAACAAUUUAUUUUCUGUGUUUAAUUUUCUAAUUUAACUUUUGGAUAAUUUAAAUUUCUGUCACUCUCUCUCUUUAUCAUUGUUUUUUUGUCAAUAAUAUAAUGAGAGAUGACGAUUUUGAAUCAACCAUCAAGGUUGUGCUUGUCGGCAAUGGAAUCGUGGGUAAAUCAUCGUUAAUUCAACGCUAUUGUAAUGGUAUUUUCACCAACGAGUACAAAAAAACUUUGGGUGUUGAUUUCUUGGAAAGAACUGUCAAAACUCAUGGUCAAGAAAUCAGAUUAAUGCUCUGGGACACUGCUGGUCAAGAGGAGUUUGAUGCUCUAACCAAAGCAUAUUACAGAGGUGCUCAAGCUUGUGUGAUUGUCUUUUCGACGACAGAUCGAGAAUCAUUUGAUUCAGUUCGAAAUUGGAAAAAAAAGGUCGAAUAUGAAUGUGGUUCUAUUCCGAUGGCCUUAGUACAGAAUAAAAUAGAUCUUAUGAAUCGAAGUAAAGUGUCAAGAGAUGAGGUUGAAUCGUUAGCUCGAUCGAUAAGAUUAAAAGUUUUUCGAACUUCGGUAAAAGAAAAUCUCAACGUGGAUUCAGUUUUUUCAUUCUUGGCAGAGGCUUAUGUUGACUCUGUAACGGAUAAUCAAGAUGAAAGGUCAGUCACGAAAUUGACCAAUCCUACCCAAAAAUCGGAUUUUAUAUCAAGUCCAAUAUUCAAAUUAGGAGGUAAUUCUGGUGCUAAAUAUCGUCGAAAACGUGUUGUUAAUAAUGUCCAUGUAACUACGAGUUCUAAUGUUCCCGUUAUCCAUCAUUUCCGUUAUAAGAAUCGAUUCCAUCUGAUUCCACCUCUUCGUCCAGCAAAUUCAACGAUUCUCCUUCACCAUCGUCGUUAUUAUCCACAAAUUCACCCUCGACAAUCAGAGAAAUUGAUAAAACCCAACGUGUUCAAAAGCUGUUGGCUUUUCUAAUUAACACAAUCAACAAACAACAAUUAAAUUGAUAAGAUAAAUUUGGAUAAACAUCAACAAUUAUUUUCCAAAAAAACUUUUUUUUCGCUUUCCGUUUGUAUUAAUAUUCUGAAUCUUUUUGUUUUCAACUCCUUUUCUCUUAUAUUCUACAUGUAAAUAUCUUUAGAUUAUCUUUAAUUUUCUUGUCACAAUUAAAUUAAAAGAUUAAUUAUUUUUUCUAUUCUCUAAUUGCAACUCUAAAC